CCUAAACAUCGAAUUCACUAACAAAAGCUACAAAAAAAUAUCACAUCUAUUAAAAUGUCGAUUGGUAACGCCAAGCUCAACCACCCCGCGCCCGGGUUCAACGAAAUGGCGCUGAUGCCUAAUGGCACCUUCCAGAAGGUCAGCCUGAGCUCCUACAAGGGCAAGUGGGUGGUGCUCUUCUUCUAUCCAAUGGACUUCACCUUUGUGUGCCCGACGGAGAUCUGCCAGUUCUCCGACUCCUUCAAGGAGUUCAAGGAGAUCGGCUGCGAGGUGAUCGCAUGCAGCAUGGACAGCGAGUACUCGCAUCUUGCGUGGGUGAACACGGAUCGCAAGAAGGGUGGCCUCGGCCCCGUCACGUUCCCGAUUCUUGCUGACAAGACGAAGUCCAUCAUGACAGACUACGGCGUGCUCAAGGAGGACGACGGGAUCUCCUACCGCGGUGUCUUCAUUAUCGACCCCAACGGCAACCUCCGUCAGUUCACCGUGAACGACAACCCUGUCGGCCGCAGCGUGGAUGAGGUGCUGCGCCUCGUGAAGGCCUUCCAGUUUGUGGAGAGGCACGGCGAGGUGUGCCCGGCGAACUGGAAGCCCGGAUCGACGACGAUAAAGCCCAACCCGAAGGACGCCGUCGAGGGAUACUUCAGCAAACACUAAGUUCGAACAGCGACGGGAGAAGGAGAGGGAGGCGUUGAAGAAAUUAUGAUGUACCCUCGCCCAAGUGGUGUCUAUACGUAGUAUUGGCAUUCUAGCUCGUUUCAAGCUCCAGUAGGGGUACUUGAAAUUGCUACUAAUUUUUCCCGUAAAUUUUGCGUUUAUAUUAUUUAAAAUAUUGGUCUUAUCUUUAUUAUUAUUAUAUAUAUUAUUAUUGGAGCCAGGAGGACUUGACUCUCGCAUAUCGCAUUGUGAUGUAUUAUACACUACAUUGAGAAAUGCAGGGUCGAGUAUCCCACUGAUUCCCGAAUCCACGAGUCAAGUGGAAUAAAAAUAAGAGAUAACGGAAAAAAAAAUACUUUUAAAAAUGAGAAAGAAAUGAUAGAAAAAUUUGAUUUAUGUGGAAGCAGCAAGUAUGAAAA